UCUUCAGAUGAAACCAUGGCUGAGGGGAGCUGCUUUGGUGCAUUGUAGUUGUUUAGGAUGACCAGAGCUGAAUCUUGCGUCACAGAGGGAGAGGGGCACAGCGAAGAAGAAAGAAUCGGUGGAGGAGGGAAAACAUCUGCUCGGAGAGGAUAAGAUCAGCAGCCCAUCUGGAUCUGAACAGGGAACCUACUGGACCUCUCUCUGUGGAAGGAAAGGAAUUUCCGUCACUUCUGAGGAGCUGUAACAGACUUUAAAAGUUUUAUUUUUCUCAAUCACUGGUUGUUGCCGUUUCAAGAGGGGUCAGCGUCAUGUGCCAUGUCAUUGUAACGUGCCGCUCCAUGCUCUGGACACUGCUCAGUAUUGUGGUGGCCUUUGCUGAGCUCAUCGCCUUCAUGAGUCCUGAUUGGCUGCUGGGUGUCCCCCGCUCUGACUUCAGUGUGAGUGGUGCGGGAGUGGAUUCUGGGGAGUACCGGCCGUCGCUCGGUCUCUACAGCCGCUGCCUGCAGGUCAGGGCGCGGGGGGUGAGCUGUGGGCCCUACGCCGGGACGUUUGGGGAAGUGGCCAGUGGCUUCUGGAAGGCUGCCAUGUUGUUUCUGGCUGCAGGGACGUUGGUGCUGGGGUGCGUGGCCUUUGUCUCCAUCUUCAGCUUGUGUUUUCAGAGCAUCCUGAAGAAGAGCAUAUUCAACAUCUGUGGGCUGCUCCAGGCUAUUGCAGGCCUGCUGCUGAUGGUGGGCCUCAUGCUGUACCCUGCCGGUUGGGGUUCAGAGAAGGUCAUCAGCUACUGUGGCUCUGAGGCCUCACCCUUCAGGCCGGCUCUGUGCUCGCUCGGCUGGGCAUUCUACGCUGCGAUAGGAGGAACGCUGGCAACCUUCCUAUGCUCCGUUCUGUCCGCGCAGGCUGAGAUCGCCACCUCCAGCGAUAAGGUUCAGGAGGAGAUCGAGGAGGGGAAGAGUCUGAUAUGCCUGCUCUGAGCCUUCAGCAUCGUUGGGACGACAUCCUUCGCUGUAAUAGAGUGACUGUCCUCGCGAAUCAGCUGAUUGUUGAAAAGAGGAAAGGCUUGGUAACAGCUUUUCAAAAUAUUAGGUGGUGUACUCACUUGCUGAAGCCUACCCGAGGCCAAGAACGUCACCCAUAUGCUUAUUCUGUGUUUUCUUUUUUCGUUUUUUGUUUAUUUUUUACCAAGAUACUGUUUAUUUUUGUAAUAAUUCUCGCCUUAAACAAACCACUGUACUAGAAUAGCAGGAGAUACGCAUGUGCUGUUGUGGACAGGUUCAACACUGCUGCCAGUAAAACAGUGUGUAGGAUUGUAAAGUCAUUAAAAUGUUCAUUUACACGGUUCACCUGUAAACCUCAACAAACCACUGAAUACUAGCAGAUGUGCCCACGACAGAAAACCCCCAACAAUGUGUGUGUGUGUUUGUGUGUGUGUGUGUGUUUGUGUGUGUGUGUGUGUGUGUGUGUGUGUGAUAGGCGUUAACUGUUGAAGUUUCCAAAUGUCCAAAUGCUCUGAUUCUGCGGCUCAGCAGGACAGUGAGAUUUAAGGGAUUUGCUCACUUCAAAAGACGUUCAGUUAAAUGGAUUUUUCGUGGCUCUAUCGUAGCUUACUAACUGGCAGAGUGUGUGCGGAGACUUUCCAUAUGUUUCACUGUGUUGAGCUUUCACAGGCGUGGGGGGAGGGGGUUGCUCUCAGCGAGAUAAAGCAGACUGCACCACAGCUUAUCACAAGCUACCUGACGCGAAGAGACGCAAGACAAGAUCUGGCUCUGGACAGCAGUCCAAACACAACACAGUGGGUGGAAACUCAAAAAGCCUUUGAUGGAUGAAGGCGAAGACUCCCAGUGGAUCAUGGGAGAUGCCACGUCAGACUUCUUUAGAGAGAUUGUAGAUUCAGAGCAUUCCCGUUCACUAUAAGCACCUGAUGUUGUGCUGUGCACUUGGCCCCUAAGCUCUUUUCACAUUGCUACACAAGUCGCUGUAGAUCUAAUAUGAUUCAUAUGAUGCUGUGCUUUUUCUCCAUCGUAGAUGAGAUGUGCAAUAAUUGAACUGUAGUGUGUUUGGCUGCGAGAGUGAGUGGACCGAGAGAUGAAAUCACGGCAUGGUUUUGUAUCAAGAAGCAUUUCUCUGUGUUUAAAUAAUUGUCCGCUGUUUUUGUUACAUUAACAAAAGAGUGACGGCAUCUGUGGAACGUUGUGUGACGCUGCAUGUACGAGAGGUUGAUGUGUGUGAAUAGAGACAGUCUGAACUCAAAUAAACCAGGCCUCCUCCUGUA